UUUUGUACUUUCUCGAUUAUUUUUUAGUUGCUUGGAAAUAAGCAAUUCGUGUGAUCUCUUAUUGUUUUCUCUUUUUUUCUUUCCUUUUUUUUCAGUUGUAAUUCUCUUGCCCUGAAAAUGUUAACUUUAGGUCAAGCUUCCUGCCUUGUCCUUGGAUACAAACCCAAUGAUCCAGAAGAGAGAAAAAAGGCAAAAGAACAUCUAGAAAAAAGUGGCUUAAUUGCAGUACACAUACGUAAUCACGAUCCUUUUCAACCGAUGGCUAUUGGUAUCAAUGUACACGAGCGAGAUCCCUUCAAAUUCAUAAGUUAUCCCGAUUCUCCAACAAUGCCACCUACAGAUUUACCUGAUAACAUUGAUGAUCACGAUGGCAAUGACAACAACGGCAAUAACGACGAUAGCAACAACAGUAACAGCGACGAUAGCAACAGCGGCAACGAUAGCAACAACAAUGGCAGCGACGAUAGCAACAGCAGCAUCUAUAAAAAUAAUAAUAGCAACAACAGUAACAAAGACAGGUCUCAAAAACGGAAGCUUGAUGACACGGUUAUACCAUUCUGCAAGGAUCGUCAGCUAAGGGCGUUCGCGACGGAUACUUCCGACUCGGUCAAGGCAUACUGGAAAUAUUUACAACAUGAUACCAAAUACAUAACAAUUGGAUACGCACGUAAAUCGCCAACUGACGAAACAAAAGAAUCACGAAUACAUUCAUUACAGUUAAUGGUGAACAAACUAUACUUCCGCGGAAAGUGCGAAGAAGUAUUCGUGAGCCCAAUUUGCAAAGCAGACCAACCAAUAUUAGAAAGAGACUCGCCAAAGCAGGAUGAUUUACUGCUGCAUUUAAAAGGAUCCCAUGGCGAUAUCUCAGAUUUAGUUGCACGCGUCCAUUUCAGCCAAAAACCUUUCCGCCUUGUCAUCAUUGACUAUGCCGGGCUUUCAACGUCACCAAAUGAUAUUAGGAUUUUUUUGGAACAAUGCAGCAAUAUCAAGGAAGUUGUUGUAGACCAUGGCUCUUCGUUUGAGAUCUUAUCACGUUUUGAUCUUUUGAAAAAUAUGGAUCUGGAAAAAUUUAAAUGUCGACAUGCCAACGUUAAACGAUCAAAGUAAUUUUUUUUCGUGCUAAUGGUUUGUCUAAUAAAAACGAAAAAGAAGUUGUUUAUUGCAAGUUUAUUUUCCCUUUUUUUUUAAAAAAAAUAAAGUGCUUACGCCG